CGGCAGUUAACUUCCUUUUCCAACGGCUCUAUUUCGAACCCCUAUCAUCAAUUAUCAUAAGUCCGUGCCAUUCCAACAUCAAAUCCACCUAUACGGUGCUUAACAUGCGUGAAGUUGCCCGUGAUCUGCAUGAAGUCGAGAUGUCACUGCGUCCUUAUCAGUUCACGUCAUGACGCCGAUCAGGGAAUAAUGUCAGAUUUCUGAAUGAUGAUAAGUACCACAUAACAUACCUGGUAAGUCUUCUACAUGGGUGGUGAGUAAGAGGUUUGUGUUAUCUAGGUACUUGCCUAUCUUGAAUAAAGAUGAUGCAUAUAUCAUGCUUCCCCAGUUUCUUGCUUUCUCGCUGUUUCGUAUUGCCACAUCCUUCAGCGCAAGGUGAUUCAAGAUGGCCACAUCAGACGGGAUUCAAGUACUUGACAGCGGGGUAGGAUAUGGCAUCGUUGUGGGAAUUGGAGCGUUCUUCGCUCUGCUCAUGCUAGCAAUAACCUACCUCCAAAAUCGCUACACAAGCUACAGCACCCACCAGGCAGAAGAAUUCAACACCGCUUCCCGCAGCGUCAAGCCCGGCCUCAUAGCAGCGGGAAUUGUUUCAUCAUGGACUUGGUCUGCUACCCUGCUCACGUCGUCCACUUUCGCAUACACUUAUGGUAUCUCUGGUCCUAUGUGGUACGGUGCAAUGGGGACAUGGCAAAUCCUCCUCUUUGCUCUCAUCGCCAUCAAAAUAAAAGCCAACUGUCCUGGUGCUCACACGUUCCCCGAGAUUGUCCUUAGUCGUCAUGGGACAGUCGCUCAUCUUACGUACCUAUUCUAUGGCUUCGCGACAAACAUGCUAGUCGGUGCAUGUCUCGUCCUAGGAGGAAGUCAAGUCGUCGCCGCGUUAUCCGGAGUCAACGUCUACGCAGCCUGUUUCCUGAUUCCCUUGGUCGUAGCAGCAUAUGUCAUUGCGGGCGGUCUUCGCAGCACUUUCAUCGCAGAUUAUACCCACACGGCUAUCCUAUUUGUAUCCAUCUUUGUCUUCGGUUUCUCAAUCUACAGCACCAAUCCCGCAGUCGGUUCCCCGUCAAAGUUCUACGACCUCCUCCUCGAAGCUAGCAUCAAGAUGCCCAUAGACCAUAACCACAACGGCUCCUACCUGACCUUCAAAUCGAACGGUGGUCUCGUCUUCGCUGUCGAUCUUUUCGUAGCAGGUUUUUCGACCGUGUGGCUAGAUCAAGCGUACUGGCAACGAGCGAUCGCUUCACGCCCAGAAACGAGUGUUAAAGCAUAUAUCUUCGGCGGCAUGGCUUGGUAUGGAAUCCCCUUCGGCUUCGCUACCGCUAUGGGUCUCGGUUGCGCUGCUCUCACAUCCUCGCCCUCCUUCCCAACUUACCCGAAUCCCCUGACAGCAGCUCAAAAUGGGGCAGGAUUGUCUAGCCCAGCGACGGCUAUUGCGUUAUUGGGGAAAGGAGGAGCGGGUUUGAUGCUUCUGCUACUGUUUAUGGCGGUCACAAGCUCGACCUCCGCGGAACUCAUUGCAGUAAGCAGUCUACUAACAUUCGAUGUCUAUAAAACGUAUAUCAAACCCCGCGCCACCUCAACAGAACUGGUCAAAAUCUCCCACUACGGCAUCAUCCUCUACGCAGUAGUCCUAGCGGCAUUCUGCUGUAUCUUGAACGCAGCGAGCAUCAACCUUACCUGGUUACUAACGGUGCUGGGCAUCAUUGUGGGAGGAGCAAGUAUUCCGGUGGGCUUGAUACUUCUUUGGAAGAGGAUGAGCACCGUAGCUGUACUAGCGAGUCCGUGGAUUGGGUUCGGGUCCGGGCUUGUGGCUUGGUUUGUGGUUACGCAUCUUAGGAGUGGGGAGAUUGAUGUGGCGAAUACGGGGGAUGCUACGAAUGCCGUGGCGGGGAAUGUUACUAGCUGGGGAAUGGGUUUCCUAAUGGCAGUCCUCCUCUCCCUCCUCUUCCCCAAGAAAUUCCAAAGCGUAGACGAAAACCACAUCGCCCGCGCCAACAAAAUCAACGGCAUCUCCCCCACUAAAGGGACGAGUCCCCAAACCACCACUCCUCCAAACGAAAAUUCCGAUCCAGAGAAAAUCGGAAAGGAAGAACCAGCCUCAGAUCCUGCUCCGGACACCAUUGUUCGAACGGGCAAUGAGAUUGUCGAUUUCUUGGAAACGUCCCAUGUCGAACCUAUGGAUCCUAUGGAGGUUAAGAAAGCGACGCGGCUAGCGGUUGGCUUCAAUCUUUUGUUUUUGGCGGUUGCGAUUCUUUUUGUGCCGUUCUUGUUGUUUGGGGGAGAGUGGAUUUUUAGUCGGAAUGCGUUUGUGGGGUGGUGUGUGGUGAGUUUUAUCUGGGUUUGGUGCAGUAUGAUUAUUUGUGUUGUUUGGCCGGUGUGGGAGAGUAGGAGGACGAUUUGGAGGAUUAUGAGGGGAGUUAUGGGGGAUGCUGGGGGAAGGGGGAAGGGGAAUGGUAGUGGGGAAACUUGA